AUGACAGCCACAGCCCCCGCUUGGGAAGACGAUUAUUCCCCUGCCUCAUCUAAGCCGAGCAUCGUCGAUCAAGGGCAACGAACCGCGACAGCGGUGGGCCUUGACCCUACAAACGAAGAGAACGAUCUUGAUCUAUCCAAGCCGACCCUUGCAGCCGCAGUCAUUCGAGACGCGGAGCGCCGAUGUUUGCAGCAGCGCGAAAGAACCAGCCAAGCAAUGGAAAGAGCGUUGGCCGAAGUGAUCAAAGCCGGGCGCGCGGCGCAAGCCGAGACGGUGAGGCACCAGCUCCGCGACCUUCAUGACAACGAAAAGGAUGGUCAGGAUGAUCGAGGGAAGGCUUGGACGCCGCAUACGCGAGUAGGGCAUCGGAACUCGUGGGACCGUAAGGCGAAGGUCGGGCGGGCCACGGGACUAGUCAGACCCCCCGCGUGGGCGAAAGACUUUCACGAGAUGAAGCGCCGCGUAUCGUGGGCAUCCGCGCUAGAGAGCACGAUCGAAGACGAGGUGCCCCCAUUCCUUCCCGAGGUGCCCCUCGAGCCGCCGCCGGCUCCUGUGAGAAGGGGCACGAUAGUGUCGGCUGUGUUGGCGGCGGUGGCCGAAUCUCCGUCUUCACCCCCUUCGACAAGCUCCGAACGAAAUGGCACAAUGGGGAAUUCGGGGCCGGUUCUCGACGACGACUGGGUGGUGCGAAAGUUUGCCCAGAUCCGAAGACGCUCUAGGGGCAUCGAUUCCGCCAUAGGGGAUAUUUCGGGGUUGCACAAGCAAGCGCAACCCUCAGUGCCGGUCGUCGACGCCAGGAAAACAAGUCCGAACACCCAUCCGAUGCGGAUCGGGGGUAUGGUGACACUUGAACCCCUCCUUCAGCGAGACGCGACGGCCACUGAUGAUGCCGGAAGCCUGUCCACCGACAGCGGUGUUUUUCCGCAUCUCACGCAGAGCGGGGAGACACUGCGCCCGCUACCUCUGGCCUCAAGAGAAUGUCAAGGCCAGCACCAUGAUGCCAUCGAUCAAACGACGGUCGACGACACUGUCGUUGCUCAAGCGGACCCCCAAGGCAGUCUUCUCCCGCCGACAAACCAAGAUGAAACAGGCGAAGACACACAGCUCGAACCACCCGGAAACCCCUUCGGCGCGGCAGAGAAUUUCCAAGCAUGGCCUCACGUUCUGCCAUCACCUCGAGAAGGACAACACGGGACCAGCGCCCCACCAGCGAUAUGCGAACAAGAUCGCGCUCCUGUCGCCGAUCGAGCGACGCGAGAAGAGCGACUGCUAGAAGAAGGGAAGCUUUUGGAAGUUUCGCCCGAAGAGAGGGCGUUGUCCCUCCCAAGCAGCAGCCUUGUCGCUGACGAUGGGAGCGGAGAGCUCGACCCUCUCGGCCGCAGGGCCCUGUGGGACGCGCGCGGGCCUGUGUCGGCAGGAGGCGGUCGGGGCACUGGUCUGCGCGGACGAAGUGGCCAGGGCCGUGGCGCGGGCGCUGAAGGGGGGACAGUGUGGUCAAGACGGAGAAAGCAAAAGGAGGAGGAGGAAGCAGCAGCCAGAGAAGCGGCCAAGAACUCGAAGGAGAAACGGGCGAAAAUGGUCCUAGAGGUCCUUGCCCGUAGCGAGCAUAUCUUCCGGUGCAACGCGGAAAGAAGAAGAAGAAGAUCGUCGGGAAACGGCAUAGGAAAACGGGCGCUAGAGAACGUGGCUACCAAAGAUGGCGAAGAAGGGCGGGCAGCGACAGCACCGAAGAGUGAAGCACGGCCUUACACGAGCCCCGCUUCUGGCGGCCGGCAGCCAGCCAAGGUCAUGGUUGCCUCGGCCGUUUCCGCUGGGAACGACAACAUCAACAGCCGCGGCAACGACGCCACCACCUGUGCCCACAAGGACAACAGCAGCAAGCCCAACCUGAAAAAUCAAUCGGCGAACAUCCGAGGCGGAAAGUCGUCAUCGUCAUUCCCGGGGUCCGAUCUCCGCCCCGACAAACACGAAAGUCCGGCUGGACACGGUCCCACUGCAGGAGGAGCGAGGCCGGGGGACGAAGAGGCAGCGAAAGUAGAGCGAAGGGAAAGCGGGGCAUUCGUGGCCGCCAAGCGCGUAGCAGCCAGGAGGCGACUAGAGAGGGCAGAGGAGGAAGCACGGAAACAGGAGGAGACGUCAAAGCUGGAAGCAAGGGCGUCGGCUCCGACUUCCAGUGGCAUCUCUUCCACCCGGCCCUCCGGUCUGUCCUUGGGCUCAACCGACGGAUCAACAAUCCCUCUUGGGGUGUCCGUUCCUCCUGCAGCAGGCACCAACGGCAGUACCAGGGACGUUUUGGUGAGGGUGCGGGUGCCGGUAGCAGCUCAGGAGGACACGACAGCAACGGCGGGAUCAACAACGCUAACACCGGGCGGGGGCGGCACCCCGCUGCCCGACACACAGGUACCUGAUGACGACGGCAACUACCUUGUCAACGGGAUGGUUCCUGAGCCAUUGUCACAAACAUCGUCGGGGAAUGCUGCCAAGGGCGUCAACGCCUCUGCCGCCGCCGCCGCCGCCGCCGAUAAAGCUAGGGAACGGCAACGGGACCGGCGUCGAAGGCAUCGGCGAAAGGAGAGGGAGGAGGAAGAAAGGUCGUCGCGCCUGCUGGAGGAGCUUGAAAGAGGGGCGCAUGGCUCCAUCGCGUCUUUCAAGGGGUGGAAACAUCGUGACGUGUUAGACCGGCGACGGUCGACCUUACAGCGGGAGCUGGAAAAAGCUGAUGGCAUGGCGAGAGAGGGCGCGAGGUUGAGCACGUCUGCAUCGUCCUUGGCGAAGCGCCGUCUCAAGACCACGGCAGCACCGAUGACAGCGAGAACAGCAACAGCGUCCGUAACAAUCGCGGGCGGCAGAGGUGUCGCCGGUGCAAGUGCUAAUGAUGCACUGCCUUCGGCGACGCAUCGACAGGGAUUGCGGACCACGUCUGUCGGUCGUCAACACAACCGCCGCGGGCAGCAGCAGCAGCAACAGCAACAUCAGGGUGAAGGGGACGGUGUACGUAUUGCCGGCGUCGAUUCCCCCGGGCCCGACAAAGACCCGUCCUUGGCUGAGGCAGGCGGACAAGCGGGACAACCGGAACACUCGGUGGAACGUUCCGAAGACCGGGCAGGUAGAAGACCGCAUCUAGGACUCCGGGAAAGACAAAGAAGACGCCGAAAAAGGCAAAGGUCGCGUAAGCAGCCGCGGCAGCGGCAGCAUCACCUGCGACGCUGGGAUUCCCUUAGCAGCCAACAGGGCAACAGCAGCAACGAAGACAACGACGACGGCGUGGGGGCGAGAACCACCCCGAUGGAUGGUUCGGACGUUUUGGACCCUCCAGAGUCUGUCGAGAAAACGAGCCACAACGACACAUUCCACGUAGACGACACAAGUUAUCGACUGACGGUCCCGACCGGCGUGAUCGACGAGAAUGCGCAGAUUGUAUUAUCUGACGCCGAGCGAGAAGGGCCGACCGGGAGGCCGGCGAAGCAGAACGUUACGGCUGAACCCCUCGCCGGGAAUCCCGCCACAAGAGAGCCCGCAACGUCCCAGAGAAGAAGCACCGCUCGAAGGAGAUAUAACAGCGUGGAACCAAGAACGGAAGAGCACGGAGCGAUCCCAUGGCGGGGGGGGGAGGUCGAGACAGCACAAGCAUCAGGGGGAGGUCGAGAAGGAGGAGUGGGGAUCAUAGGCAACGGGUCCGAGUCACGAGCUUCCGUUGCCUUAGAGAGCCGUUUUAGGCGAAGCCGGAGGAGGAAGAGUCAAGAAAACAUGGGCGUUCGCGCAGCUGCGCGCGGUCGAAGAGAACGUGACGUGAUCUCAAUUCAAAAGGUCUAUGAGAAGGGAAUUGGGGGCGGCACGGAGGCCGUCGCGGCGUCCGACGCUACACCGACCGCCGCAAACAGUUUCGAGGAGCUAGCGUUGAGAAGAAGAGACGAGGGUACCCCUCAAGCGUAUGUCCAACUAGACAGCUCAGUCGAUUGCAGUGGAGAUGGUGACGACGUCGAGGAUGCUAAUAUGCGCGCAGAAGAUCUCCACGACAGCUUGCAUCGCACGCUAGAGGGGGGGGUGGAGGCGUUGGGGGUCCAGACGAGGGGACAAGAAAGCAAUGCCCAGUGCGACGACCACACGCCAGAGCAAAAAGCUAGAGACGCUGAUAGUUCUACGAAGGACUUCUGCGAUGUUUUGCGCCGCGUAGAAGAGUUGGAAUAG